CACCAUUUUUUAAUUUUUUAACACGAGAAAAAAUGGUGGGGAGAUUCUAGCAUCUAGUCUCUACUUGCUAAUCAGCUCAAUCAGCUGAGAGAAAAUCAUUUUCCACAAAUAAAAGUAAAGUACAAGUGUAUUUAAUGCAAAAUAUAAAGAGUUCAUUUAACGAGAAUGUGAUUUUGUUUUUGUGGUCCUUGCAAAAGUCGCAACGUGUUCAGUCGUUUGGAAUUUCACUUUCGUGUAUCAAAACAGCUGGGUGAAAAUUUUCUGUUAUUAUCGCACACGCAAUGUCCACACGGUAUAUGAAGAAAGUUUAUGGGACUGAUUUAAUCCCGAAAUUAAAUGAAUUAGAAGAUUCAAGUGAUACUGAAGCACCAAUAAUCAGAGAUGUCAAGCCGAAAAAUUUUAAUGCAUUCAACUUGUUAAACUGCAAUGGUUCCGAAGAAGAUGAGGAGCCAGUCGACAACCUCAACGACAACGAUGAUGAAGAUGUUAAUGAAGGCAAGGAUCAGGAUGAAGAGGAAAUGAAGCCUAAAAAAAAGAAACGACACCGAAAAGCUCGCAAUCAAAAUUCGCAAAGAAGUACGGAUCGGACUGACAAAGUAGAUUCCGACGAGGAUGAAAUCGAGAGAACAGUUCGAGAAGUUAACAAGCUUCUUGGUGAACCAGUGCCUAGUACCAGCCAAGAGAGCAACGACGAUUCAAAGUCCUUCGUCUUGAGAUCGAAAGAGGAGAUUCUCACUGUCCAGCACAGAAAUUUAAAUCCGUUCAAUGAACUCAAGAGGAUAUUCGGAAGCAAAACCGUUCAAGCCGAAGAAAAUAAGCAGAGAGGCAGAAGACGAACAGGUCACUUGAAAAAAACGUGGUUGAUUUCUCCGCGGGAAAGUUGGUUUCCUAUCGCCAAGGCAGAUCUUUCCAUGUCGAUCGACCGUUCCAUGGAUCUACAAGGCGGCAGCGGCAUUCAGUACUUUGUCUAUGAACAUGGUGUAUCUUAUCGGCAAGCUCAGAUGAAAUUUAUCCAAGCUGUUGAAAGUUUAGAUCACGAAAAUAUCAUUUCUAUGGUGAAUCAACAUCCGUAUCACGUGGAUGCCCUCAUUCAAUUAUCCGAACUUUGUAAACUUAGCGAGGAUUUGGCAACAGCUGCUCGUCUUGUCGAACGAGCUUUGUACACUCUCGAAUGUGCGUUUCAUCCUCUCUUCAAUAUAACAACAGCAAAUUGCAGACUAGAUUACAGAAAACAACAGAAUCGAGCACUGUUCAUAACCCUCUUUAAGCAUCUUACUUUUGUGAGCGGAAGAGCUUGUUACAGAACUAGUUUAGAGCUGUGCAAAUUCCUGUUGUCCCUAGAUCCAGAAGACGACCCACUCGCCGUUGUUCUUAUGUUGGACUUUUAUGCGCUGAGAGCCCGAGAAUAUGAGUGGCUCAUCAAAUUUUGCAACCUUUGGGAAAGUUCAAGGAAUUUGACUCAGUUGCCGAAUAUUGCCUACAGUUUGGCUCUGGCCCACUUUCGUCUUGGAGAGCAAGAAGUUGCAAAUGAACUUCUUCAGAGUGCUCUUCUCAUGUAUCCUGGUGUUUUGAUGUCUCUCCUCGACAAGUGUAGCAUUCAACCAGACUCAAGGGUUCAAGGCCACGCCUUCUUCAACAUUACAGCUGCCACAACGACUCCUCCUUCUCUAGAAAAGCUGCAGGAUUUGUACGUAACGCGAAGCUUCCACAUCUGGAAAGAAGCCGAGAUUUUGCCCUGGCUCGAGCAUGGCGCUCAAAGCGUUUUGGAUCGAGUCGACGCCAAGGACGAAGCUGCCAAGUUUUACCAAAUGAAGCGGAAAGAAAGAUACCAAGGAAAAAUACCAAAGAAUAUACUGCGCCAUCUUAUUCUUUCAGAUCUGAAAGGCGUGACUAUCGCAGCUAUGGAGGAUCAACAGGCUCCCAGCAAUAGCGGACCAAUUUUGUCCCACGACCCUUUGCCUCCUCUCAAUUCCAUAAAUAUUUAUUCCAACCCAAGGACUUCACGACGAAGAACAAACGAUACAUCGAACAUCUUUUCUGCAUUUUUUACCUCUCUUUUCACGGACGUUGGUGGAAAUAUGCAGGGUUUAAAUGGCUUUAUGGCUGGAGACGAGCCUGGUGAUGAAUAAGAACGUUUUAAGGUUUUACAAAUAGUUAGAAAGAUAGGAUUUAUAGAACUUUAUGGGUUUGAUGUAAAUAUGUGCAAGGUGCUGCUGUUUUUGAAACAUUUUUUCGUGAAGCUCGCAAGAAGGCGUUUGUAUGCUAAGAGAUUGUAAGAUAACAGUUUUAAUAAAUGUAUAGGUCUAAUCUAA